AACAGCCAUCUGUCCAUUUUCCAAAUCCAAAGGAGAGGCAGCGAUUAAGCUGUCAUCCGAAAAUGCCGCACCCUCUCUCUCUCCCAACUUCGCCACCGCUCUCCUCGCAUUCCCACGCUUCAAUUCCCGGCAUGUCCUCCGUCACAUUCGGCGGCGCCUCCAUCACUUCUCGCCUUGUUCCCUCCUCCUCCGCCAGAACCUCCCUCUCCCACUCCUCCUCCUCCUCACUCAAGCCCCUCGGCUCCGCUCCCCUCGUUUCCCAACUCUUCCUCAACCCCAAACCCCGCUUGUUGCCUCACGCGGUUGCCCGACCGUACAGCCGAGCCGCCGCCCCCAAAUGCCAGGCUUCCGACCCGGAGCAGCUAAAGCUCGCCAGAGAGGACAUCAAAGAGCUUCUCAAGACCACUUUCAGCCACCCAAUACUCGUUCGGUUGGGAUGGCACGAUGCUGGAACUUACAAUAAGAACAUAGAGGAGUGGCCGCAAAGAGGUGGGGCAAAUGGAAGCUUGAGGUUUGAGAUUGAGCUCAAGCAUGCUGCGAAUGCAGGUCUUGUGAAUGCAUUGAAGCUCGUUCAGCCUAUAAAAGACAAGUACCCUGGCGUCUCAUACGCGGACUUGUUCCAAUUGGCCAGUGCUACUGCUGUGGAGGAGGCAGGGGGGCCGAAGAUACCAAUGAAGUAUGGGAGGGUUGAUGUCUCGGGACCCGAGCAGUGCCCAGAAGAAGGGAGGCUUCCUGAUGCUGGCCCUCCUUCGCCUGCUGAUCAUCUGCGUCAGGUUUUCUACCGAAUGGGGUUGAAUGACAAGGAAAUAGUUGCAUUGUCUGGGGCACAUACUUUGGGGAGGUCAAGACCUGAUCGCAGUGGUUGGGGCAAGCCAGAGACAAAGUACACGAAAGAUGGGCCAGGGGCACCAGGAGGACAGUCUUGGACAGCACAAUGGUUGAAGUUUGACAAUUCCUACUUCAAGGAUAUCAAGGAAAAGAGAGAUGAAGAUCUACUGGUGUUGCCAACCGAUGCUGCUAUUUUUGAAGAUCCAGCAUUCAAGGUGUAUGCUGAGAAAUAUACCGAAGACCAAGAAGCCUUCUUCAAGGAUUAUGCUGAAGCUCAUGCUAAACUCAGCAACCUGGGAGCUAAAUUUGAUCCACCAGAGGGUAUUGUGAUCGAUGAUGGUCCUUCACAGCCUGUACCAGAAAAGUUCGUGGCAGCCAAAUACUCAUCUGGCAAGGAGUAAAAAGCAAGUGUCAUGCUUACUUGUGCCAUCUGUUUUAAUAAUACAAGAUGAAGCUAUUUUGAAUAAUCAAAUGUAAUAGUUGGGAGUCUUAAAUGAAGAAGACGGAAUAAAUUCAAUAGUAUUACCUAUGUGAAUUGCAGACAGAGCUGUCAGAUAAUAUGAAGCAGAAGAUUCGAGCAGAAUAUCAAGCUAUCGGUGGAAGCCCAGAUAAGCCUCUGCAGUCUAACUAUUUUCUAAAUAUCAUAGUUGUGAUUGGUGUUUUGGCAAUUUUGUCGUCUUUAUUCGGAAACUGAGCUUUGAUUUUCUGUUUUUCUGUUUUUCUGUUUUUUAUAAAUGAGAAUUACAUUGCUAUUAUCGAUUUUAUAUUACAUAUUCAUCCAUGAUUCGUACAA